GGCGGAACGUCGAUAGAAUGAGUGGCUGAAUGAAGAGGUAAACUUACCGGGCCGCGAAUCAUCAGUCUGUUUUUCAUCUUGACAUUUACUGUAAUUUAUAGGAAAGAUGUCCGAUAAUAAAAUAAACCUGGGACAACCAAUUCAGAUUGUACAAACUGAUGCAGACAACCAUACAUUUCUGCUAGAUGAAGAGGCUUUAGAAAGUGUUCUCCUGCAAGACCAUGUGCGUAACAAAAAAGUUGUUGUUUUGUCAGUAGCCGGAGCUUUCCGUAAAGGAAAAUCAUUUCUUCUGGACUUUAUCUUAAGAUACCUUCAUAGAGGGGGACAGAAUGGUAAUGACUGGUUAGGAAAUGACGAUGAAAUCCUAGCAGGCUUUCCAUGGCGUGGAGGAUCAGAAAGAGAUACAACAGGCAUCCUUAUAUGGAGUGAAGUUUUUGUAUGUCCAGGACCAGAUGGGCAAGAGGUUGCUGUUAUUUUGAUGGACACCCAGGGUGCCUUUGACAGUCAGUCUACUGUGAAAGACUGUGCAACUGUGUUUGCUUUAAGUACAAUGACAAGUUCUGUCCAGGUGUAUAAUCUGAGUCAAAACAUACAAGAGGAUGACCUGCAACAUUUGCAACUCUUUACAGAAUAUGGAAGAUUGGCUAUGGAAAGCAACGAUGCCAAACCAUUCCAAUCGCUGUUGUUUCUUGUACGAGAUUGGAGUUACCCGUAUGAAGCACCAUACGGCUUUGCGGGUGGAAAUGCUGCACUUGAUAAAAGACUCAAGCUUUCUGACAAACAACAUGAAGAAUUACAACAAGUUCGUAAACACAUUAGAUCAUGUUUCCAGAAAAUAGGAUGUUUUUUACUACCCCAUCCCGGUCUCAAAGUUGCCACAAAUCCCAACUUUGAUGGUCGCUUGUCAGACAUUGAUGAUGAUUUCAAGUCACAACUGAAAGAAUUGGUGCCGUUGCUUUUGUCACCUAGCAACCUUGUUGUCAAGCAAAUAAACGGUACAGAAGUUACUGCUAGAGCUCUUGUUGAAUAUUUCAAGGCAUAUAUCCAAAUAUACCAAGGGGAUGAGCUUCCUGAACCCAAGUCUAUGUUACAGGCAACAGCGGAAGCUAAUAAUCUUGCAGCUGUGGCCAAUGCAAAAGAUACAUACAAUAAAGAAAUGGAACUGGUAUGUGGCGGUGAUAAACCUUAUCUUAAUCCACAUGAUAUGGAUAUUACUCACGAGAGAUGUCGAGAAAAUGCCAUUGCUUUAUUUACCAAUUUGAAGAAGAUGGGUGGUGAUGAAUUCAGUCUUCAAUAUGCACAUAAACUGGAAUCAGAAUUGGAAGAUAUUUAUGAGAAUUUUUGUAAACACAAUGAUAGCAAGAACAUUUUCAAUGCUGCCCGUACUCCUGCCACGUUUUUCUCGGUUAUGAUCAUAAUGUACUUCCUGUCCGGUAUAUUCGGUAUUUUGGGGCUUUAUUCGUUAGCCAACCUAGCUAAUUGGAUCCUUGGAUUUGCUCUCGUUGCGUUAUUUAUGUGGGCGUAUAUCCGUUAUAGUGGACGGUACAGAGAAGUGGGUUCUUAUAUUGACAUAUUUGCGGAGAUCAUAUGGAACUCGCUAUUAAAGAAGGUUGUGGAAGGCAUGAUCUACCAGACUUCCAAGACAGCGCUAAAACGUUCUUUGGAGAAGAAAACAAACUGAAGAUGGUUCUACUCGUAACCAAGGAGAUGAUAAACAGGUGCAUGCCAUGUGUUGUUGUUAUUGGCUGAUAAUAUUGAAUGAAUAUUUUGGGAGUGAAUCAAGCUUUAGUUUUUAAAAAAAAAAAUGUUUAGGGUAUUGAAUAAUAUAAAAACGUGCCUUUAUUUACAUCUAAUGUUUAAAAAUAAACACGCCUAGUGUUCUGUUUGUCCAAUUCAACAAUAUUUGAACUUUAAAUAAAAAUUAAUUCCAUGCAGAUAUCCCUUUCAUAUCAAGAUCAUCUGAUUCUAACUUUCAAUUAUUAAUAAAGUAAAACUAAGUAAAAAGGGAAA